GUGAUCAGCAUGCUACUGUGCCUGCCCCUCACAUCGUGCACAGCCUGCCCUCAGAAAUGCCGCUGCGAGGACCUGCAGUUUUACUGCGACACGCAGGGACUCCUGACGCCCCCAGACGGCGUGGACAGAGGAGCCCUGGGACUCUCGCUCCGGCACAACAGCAUCAACGAGCUCAACCCCGACCAGUUCUUCGGCUUCACCCAGCUAACCUGGCUCCACUUGGACCACAACCAAAUAUUCAACGUGCAUGAGGAUGCCUUCCAGGGGCUCUACAAGCUCAAGGACCUGAACUUGAGCUCCAACCGCAUCACCAAGCUGCCCAACACAACCUUCAUCCACCUCAUCAACCUCCAAAUCCUGGAUCUUUCCUUCAACCAGAUGACCGCGCUGGAGCCCGAGCUCUUUCACGGGCUUCGCAAGCUCCAGAUCCUCCACCUGAGGUCCAACUUCCUACGGACCACACCUGUCAGGGCCUUCUGGGACUGUCGGAGCCUGGAGUACCUUGGUUUAAGCAACAACCGGCUUCGGAGUUUGGCUCGGAAUGGAUUCGCUGGGCUAAUAAAGCUACGGGAGCUCCAUUUGGAACACAACCACUUGACCAAGAUCAAUCUGGCGCACUUCCCGCGUCUUGUCGCCCUCCAGUUCCUCUAUCUGCAGUGGAACAAGAUUAACAAUUUGACAUGUACCAUGGAGUGGGAGUGGACCACUCUGGAAAAACUGGAUCUAACCGGGAACGAGAUACGCGCUCUAACCCCCGAAGUGUUUGAAACUUUACCGAACCUUAAGGUCCUGCUGCUGGAUGAGAACAAGUUGACCAGCCUUGAUGGCCAAACCAUGAAUAUGUGGAAAUCUCUCAACGCUAUCGGGUUGUCCAGCAACCUUUGGGAAUGUACAAAAAAGAUUUGUAACUUGGCCAGUUGGCUGAGUAAGUUUAAGGGUCGGUGGGAACAUCCCAUCUUAUGCCACAGCCCUGAGUACACGCAGGGCGAGGAAAUACUCGACGCCGUUCACGGAUUCCAACUUUGUCAAAACCUCUCGGCACCUGUGGUACUGACUAGCACCACGAUCGAGGCCACCUUUACCGUCGUCACCACUACCACCACCACCGCUCAAACCCCACAGACUACCAUGGCUGCGGCGACGGUGAACGGGAACGUUGUUACCGAGGACUACGGCAUAGACAGCACCCUACUAACCCAGAGAGUCAUCAUAGGUACCAUGGCCCUUUUGUUUUCCUUCUUUCUCAUCAUUUUUGUAGUGUACAUCUCACGGAAGUGCUGCCCUCCCACUCUCCGGCGGAUCCGCCACUGCUCGGCUAUUCAGAACCGGCGACAGAUGAGGACCCAACAGAGGCAGCCGAUGGCAGACCUGGCCACGCAGGUGCCCUAUAACGAGUACGAGCCGACACACGAGGAAGGUGCACUAGUGAUCAUUAACGGCUACGGGCAGUGCAAGUGUCAGCAGCUGCCUUACAAAGAGUGCGAAGUAUAAACACUAUUUAUUGCUGCAGUUUAUGGGUUUUGCCAUUUCAACCAUUUCGAAA